AUGGAUAUGAGGGUUGAAAAUACUUCUGAGAUCUCACCUAAUCUUAAGGCAUCUUACAAGGACUCCUUAUUGACCCCAAUUGGUCCCAUGGUGGAAGACAUGGAUGAGGCUCUUGAUGAUGUUGAUGAAGAUGCAUCGAACCCGGAAGACCGGUGGUACAAGUAUGAAGAGGAGGUGCCGAAAGGAGAUAAGCCCUAUGAUCCAUGUCCGGUGAUCCAUGUUUCUAAAGAAGAAUUUGACGAAUGGUGUAAACCUUGGCACGCGACGCUGAUCGUUAAAGUCAUGGAAAAGAGAGUCCAUCUUGGAUUUUUAGAACAAUGUCUCAAUAGAGAUUGGGUCAGAAAAGGUAAGAUCAAUGUUCUUGAUAUGGAUCGUGAUUAUUUUCUUGUUCAUUUUUCAGAAGAGGAAGACUAUUCACAUGCACUUACUGGAGGACCAUGGAUGAUCGCGGGCCACUACCUUAUUGUCCAAAGAUGGAGAUCUUUCUUCCUUUCAACCGAAAACGUAGUCAAAAAAAUCGCAGCAUGGAUCCGUAUUCCUAACCUACCUAUUGAAUUAUAUAAUCAUCGUUUUCUAUCAAGAGUUGGUUCUGCCAUAGGCACCAUGUUAAAGAUUGAUCGUACAACGUCUAUUCACUCUCGCGGAAAAUUUGCUAGAAUAUGCGUGGAAAUCGAUCUAUCAAAAAAGCUGGUACCUAGAAUCUCUGUCCUGGAAACUACUCUCAACAUUGAGUAUGAAGGUUUACACCUCAUCUGUUUCUCUUGUGGAAGAUAUGGUCAUAGGGCAGAACAUUGCCUUGAAUCCCCUGUUAGCAAUGACAACAAUCACCAUGAAAGUAACACCGCGGAAGAGAUGGGAGGAAUAUGA